AUGCAUACUUGGACACAGUUAUAUCGAACUCUCGCCACGCGGAGUCAUCAGUUCCCAUGCAAGCUACAUGGUGCGGCAGUUUUGUCGGUUCGAACGUAUGCUGACAAAGCAGCGAUCGAUGCAGACGUUACAGUGGUCGGGUCCGGUCCGGGAGGCUAUGUCGCGGCUAUCAAAGCUGCGCAGCUCGGCUUCAAGACAGUUUGUGUGGAGAAGAAUGCCACGCUGGGUGGAACCUGCCUCAAUGUGGGCUGCAUCCCCUCCAAAGCUCUUCUGAACAAUUCAUACUUGUACCACUUGGCUCACGGCAAAGACUUUGAGAGCAGGGGCAUCGAAAUUUCCGGCAUCUCGCUGAACCUUGAGAAGAUGAUGUCUCAGAAAAGCGGGGCAGUCAAAGCGCUCACUGGGGGCAUUGCACAUCUCUUCAAACAGAACAAAGUGACCCACGUCAACGGCUUCGGCAAGGUGACGGGAAAGAACCAGGUGACCGCCUUGACAGCUGAUGGCAGCCAGCAAGUCAUCAACACCAAGAACAUUCUCAUCGCCACUGGCUCUGAGGUCACACCAUUCCCUGGAAUUCAGAUUGACGAGGAAACAAUUGUGUCAUCGACUGGUGCGCUGUCCUUGAAAAAAGUUCCAGAAGAGAUGAUCGUGAUCGGCGCCGGAGUCAUCGGAGUAGAACUGGGGUCUGUGUGGCAGCGUCUAGGCGCCAAGGUGACGGCUGUGGAAUUUGUCAGCCAUGUGGGCGGUAUGGGCAUCGACAUGGAGAUCUCAAAGAACUUCCAGCGCAUCCUCCAGAAGCAGGGCCUCAAAUUCAAGCUAGGAACCAAAGUGUUGGGCGCUACCCGGAGGCCUGACGGAAAGAUGGAUGUGGCCGUGGAGGCAGCGGCUGGCGGCAAGAACGAGACACUAACGUGCGACGUGCUGCUGGUGUGCAUCGGCCGACGACCGUACACUCACGACCUGGGCCUAGAAACCGUGGGCAUAGAGCUUGACAACAGGGGGCGUAUUCCCGUCAACAACCGCUUUCAGACUACCGUCCCUAGCAUCCAUGCCAUUGGGGAUGUGGUGGCGGGGCCCAUGUUGGCGCAUAAGGCUGAGGACGAGGGCAUCAUCUGUGUGGAAGGCAUGGCGGGCGGCGCCGUGCAUAUAGACUAUAACUGUGUGCCAUCUGUCAUCUACACUCACCCAGAGGUGGCUUGGGUGGGCAAGACCGAGGAGCAGCUCAAGGAAGAGGGUGUACCCUACAAAGUGGGCAAAUUCCCGUUCGCCGCCAACAGCCGUGCCAAAACCAACGCAGACACGGACGGCUUGGUCAAGAUCCUUAGCCACAAGGAGACUGACAGGAUGUUGGGUGCUCACAUCGUUGGAACAGGAGCAGGAGAGAUGAUCAACGAGGCGGCCCUCGCUAUGGAGUACGGCGCAUCGUGCGAGGACGUCGCCAGAGUUUGCCACGCCCACCCGACUGUAUCAGAAGCAUUCAGAGAAGCCAACCUGGCCGCCUCCUUUGGCAAGGCCAUCAACUUCUGA